GCGGCGUGCGCAUGUGGAACACACACACACACACACACACACACACACACACACAGAAAGUCAUCAGUCCGGAGAAUGGAGACGGAAGUGGCUGUCCGUGACUCACACCUGUGACUUCCUGUGCACGAGUACCAGACGCCACUGAACGCACCAAUCACUCCUCAGAUCAAACACGAGCCCAACAGGAUGGCGCAGGCCGUGGCCAACGUCGCCCGGAGGAUCAACGCCACCGUGGAGGAGCAGAGAGACUCUCUGGAUCUGUCCGACUGUGGCCUCGUUAGUUUCCCUGACGGCGUCUUCAAGAUGAUCCGCAGCUGCACAGACAACAUCCAGAAAAUCUCUCUGGCCAACAACCAGAUCAAAGCCUUGAGCAACAAGUUCUUCCUCACGUUUACUCAGUUAAGAGAGGUGGAUCUGCAGGGGAACGUCCUCACAACGCUGCCGGAGGCGGUCGGAAACAUGCAGCACUUGAUCAGCAUGGAUCUCUCCAGAAACAAGCUGAGGGUUUUCCCCGAGCGCCUGACGGAUGUGAGCAGCCUCCAGCACAUCAGCGUGGAGGAGAACCAGAUCACAGAGCUGCCGAUGGAGAAGCUGUCUCUGAUGCCUGCUCUGAAGAGUGUGGAUGUGCGGUGUAACCCACUGACGCCGGAGGCCGCGUCUGUCCCGGAUCACUUCACGCUCCUGACAUAAACUCAUGGUAAAGAACAUGAGCAGCGGUGCUUCCGUUUGAUUUCUAUGCACUGGACCGCAUGAUGUGCCUCAAUAAAAUAUUUAUUCAAU